AUGGCAGAAUAGGCAAAUAUUGGUAAUCUAAUAUUCAUGUGUAUCAUCACAGUUUCCUAUUCAGGUGCCAUAGGAUUGUGUAGAACAGUGAUAUUUUCCACUAUCUUGAAGAUAGAUGACUCAGUAAUCAACUCAGUCUCAGUUGGGAUAUUCACACUCAUUUUUCUAUUUGGCCCUUUUUCAUUGCCCUUAUAUCAGAGAAUUAUCUACAAAUUCACCUAUAAGUACUAUUCUCUAUUUGAAAUAGAGCAGUAUUUUGCAUAACAAGUUUAGUUAAUGUUAUCAGUACAACACUCUAUAUCAUUGUUAUUGAGUAGCAACCUAAGCAGAUUUAUUUGAUCAUUGCUAUAUUACUCUUUGAAGCAAUAGCAGCUCCAUUUCUGGCCAUCUUUUAUUGUGCAUACAAUUAUUAUGUUCGUAGCAUUUCCAACUCAAAAAAUAUUGGCAUCUACUUUGGAAUUGCCUACUCAUUAUUCAGUAUGUAGAAUUUCAUUGGGGAUAUCUAUAUCACCUUCGCAAAUUCAAUGUACGAGUAUAACGAAUAUUUCUAUUAUCCAAUGUUAUUCAUAUCCUUGAUCAUAUCCAUGUUAUAUCUUUUUAUCAAAGAACCUAAAUUUGGAUAUAAAUCAAAUUCUUCCCAAAGCAUCGAUUUACAUCAAAGGAUGAAUCAACACAUUUAUGGCUCUUAUGAAGAAUAGAAUCUACUAUAGAGAGAUGAAGAUCCAUCCUACUCCAAUUAAUUCAUUCAGAUUUGGACUGUACACAAAAAGGACCCGCUCUUUAUCUACAUCAUCCCCACGAUCAUUUCUUUAGGAAUAUUCUCAGCCUUUAAUGUUGCUUACUCACAAGAUAUGAUUGUGCCUCAUUAUACCAUGUAAUUGAAUCAAGAACUUAUUGCUGGAUUAACACUCCAUGGAAUUGGCUAAUUUCUGGGUGGAAUCACUGUGGGAUUGAUCUCUGAUAUAUAUGGAUACCUGAAUUUACUAAUUAUACUAUAGAUUUUUGCGAUUUUUACUUACAUAAUUUCAGUAAAUUUAUAAUAUUAAAUAAGGAUUGUUGGUGAAACAACCU